CGCUGUUGGUGCCGCUGCCCCGCUGUAGCUCCACCCGUAUUCAUCGUUCAUCGUUUGGGAGCUACCGUGGCGCACCACCCCCCGUCAGGCGUGGCCACAACGCAACCUCUUCCCCUAGCUGGCGUGAAGUUGCAUCAGCUGCCUCGCUUUCGUUCAUUUCCAGCGUGUGUUUUUAUUUCUUGGAUUUCCCGCGUCAAUUUUUUUUUUUUUUUUUUUCAUAUUUUUGUGUCUUCAACCUUCUUUAUUGUUUUAUUGUUUCGUUUGUACAUUUCCUAUUGGGCUUCCUUCUCUACUCCUUUUCUUCUUUCCUUUUGUGUCCUCGCACCUGUGCCAGGUGUCUCAGCUGCCAUGGACGACACCUCCAAAGAGAGGUCACCCUCGCCCACGACCGAGAAACCUCAACCCGCCAAUGAGCCCGUCGACGAUCAGACAAAUGCCAAAAAGGCUCGCCCAGAACGUACAGCAUCGUUCCAGGAUUAUAUGCGAGUUUUCAAAUAUGCUACCGCAUGGGAUUUCGUUGCAUACGCUGCAGGCAUCAUCGCCUCUAUUGGUGCUGGCGUUACUCUCCCACUCAUGAAUGUUGUCUUUGGUAAUUUUGUCGGCAGCUUUAACGACUUCGGUAACUUCGCCGAUCCCAGCAACUUCGCCAACCCUGGCAGCUUCAAAGCCGCCUACGACAAGAAAGUGGCAGACUUUCUUGGCAAACUCAACCAGCUAUCGCUAUACAUGUUUGCUCUAUUCAUUUGCCGACUCACUCUGAACUAUAUCAACAAAUUUGCUUUUCGUAUGAUUGGUAUCAGGAUCUCUUCAGCCGUCCGACUUGCCUAUCUUCGAGCACUAUUUGCUCAGAGCAUCCACGUCCUUGAUUCUCUACCCCCUGGAUACGCCACUACCACCAUCACCUCUACGAGCAACACUUUACAGCUAGGAAUCUCAGAGAAACUGGGUGUCUUUGUAGAGUUCAAUGCUACAAUUGUUGCCGCUGUCGUCAUUGCCUUUGUGCGAAGCUGGGAGUUGACUCUCGUUACUGCUUCUGCCAUUCUGUUCAUUAUGAUCAGUAUAGGCGCCAUUCUGCCCCUCAUCGUUAAGCACCACGGCCAAAUCUCAAAAUCUGAGGCGAAAGCAUCAGCUGUUGCUUCUGAAGCCAUGGCGAGUCUGCGUAUGAUUGCAGCCUGUGGUGCCGAAUCCAGGAUAGCUAAAAAGUAUGCUACAUUUGUCGAACAAUCAAAAGUUCACGGCCGAGCAAUCAGUCCGUUGAUGGCCCUCCAGUUUGGCCUCAUUUUCUUCGCCCUUUACUCCGCUUUUGGCCUCGCAUUCUGGUAUGGCACCAAGGCCAUUAUCGAGCACCGAGUCGAUGACGUUGGAACGAUUGUCGUUGUUCUCUUCUCUGUCAUGAUGGUCCUAUUUUCUCUUGAGCGAACAUCGACGCCACUUCUUGCUGUUAGCAAAGCGACAAUUGCUGCCUGCCAAUUUUUCACAGUUAUUGACGCCCCACGUCCUGAUCCUGGCCACCUUCAAGAUCCUCAUGUUAAUGCCUCUGAGGACAUCAUCCUUGAAAAAGUCACUUUUGCCUAUCCCAGUCGACCUCACGUUAAAAUCCUUGACGAUUUGGAUCUACGGAUUGAAAAGGGAAAGAUCACUGCCAUAGUUGGGCCAUCGGGCUCCGGUAAGAGUACGAUUGUCGGUCUUAUCGAACGAUGGUACAGCUUGAAGGAACAGUACGUCGUUGCCAAGGCCGUUGAGCAGAAAAAGAAGAAGAAGAAGGGAGAUGAGUCAGAGUCAGAGGAUGCCGAGGCAAAUGCCCAGGAAGAAGAGCAGACUGGUCCUCCUAUUCCCCUUUCGGGAUCGGUCAGUACUUGUGGUCACUCACUUGACGAGAUUAACAUCAAAUGGUGGCGAUCACAGAUCGGUUUGGUUCAGCAAGAACCCUUUCUUUUCAACGAGACAAUCUUUAAAAAUGUGGCAAAUGGUCUCAUGGGAACACGUUGGGAGAAUGAAAGUGAAGAAACGAAGCUCGAAAUGGUGAAGGAAGCCUGCAAGGAAGCCUUUGCUGACGAGUUCAUUGACAAACUCCCUGAUGGUUAUAACACACUGGUUGGUGAUAGCGGAGCAAAGCUUUCUGGUGGUCAACGCCAGCGUAUAGCUAUUGCCAGAUCAAUUGUUCGCCAGCCCAAGAUCCUCAUUCUUGAUGAGGCCACCAGCGCCAUCGACGUUCGCGGAGAGCGUAUUGUGCAAGCUGCCCUCGAUAGAGUCGCCAAGAAUCGCACCACCAUCACUAUCGCUCAUCGUCUUUCUACUAUUAAAAAGGCUGACCGAAUUGUUGUGCUAAAGAAAGGAAAGGUUGUCGAGUCCGGUACGCAUGAGAGCCUACUUGAUAUUACCAAUGGUGUCUAUUCUGGUUUGGUCAAUGCUCAGGCUCUUUCUCUCGGUGAACCUACAGAGGCAGAUGAGGCUUUGGAAGCCGAACCGGAAGACCUUGCACUCGAGACAACCAAAAGCGCAGCUCAGUCUGUUGGUGAACAAGACAAGCCCAAGGAUGCCAAGGAGAAACUUCGCGGCCUCUUGACAAGCUUCGGUCGACUCUUUUAUGAAACCCGCAGCCAUUGGUACAUGAUGAUUUUGACCAUUAUAUUUGCGGCUAUUUCUGCCUCUGCAAUGCCACUUCAGGCUUGGUUGUUUUCCAAAGUUAUCACCAUCUUCAAUAACAAGGAGACUCUGGCAAGCCAGAGCAACUUCUGGUCGAAGAUGUGGGUUACUCUCGCAGCUGUCGUUGGUGUCGGAUACUUUGGCACCUUUUUCUUUUCCACUCGAACCUCUGCUGUCAUUCGUGCCAAAUAUCAGAUUGAGUAUUUUGACAACAUGCUACACCAAAAGACAUCAUUCUUUGAUGAGGAAGAUCACUCCCAGGGUACCAUGACGUCUCGAACGACGUCCGAUCCUCAGCAACUGGAGGAACUCAUGGGAGCCAACAUGGCUAGUGUAUAUAUGGGAUUUUUCAGCUUGAUUGGUUCCAUUGCUAUUGCCUUCUCCUUUGGAUGGAAGCUCGCCCUUGUCUCGUUGUGCAUUGUCGUGCCAAUCCUUCUUGGCUGCAGCUACUGGCGCCUCCGAUAUGAAAUGGUCUUUAACAAGAUGAACGACGAGGUGUUUGCUGAGAGUUCCAAAUUCGCCUCUGAGUGCAUCGGUGCCUUCCGAACCGUCUGCUCCCUCACAUUAGAAGACGCCACCUGUGCCAGAUUUGAAACGCUAUGCCACAACCAUGUUGUCACUGCCUACAAGAAGGCCCGUUGGGUGAGCUUGCUGUUUGGAUUUUCUGAUAGCGCCACACUGGCUUGCCAAGCCCUCAUCUUUUACUAUGGUGGUCACUUGAUUGCCAACGGGGAGUAUAGUACUGAGGCAUUUUUUGUCAGUUUUAUGGCGGUACUGAACGCCGGAGAGGCAACCGGUCAGAGUCUAAGCUUUGGGCCCAACGUUGCCCAGGUCAAGGCCGCAGCCAACCGGAUUCUUAGCCUACGAGACUCUCGACUUAGGGAUGAUGUCUCCAAUUCCGAAGAGAUCCCCGAUACCAAGGGUGGCGUCAAGAUUGAGUUGGACAACUUGCACUUCAAGUAUCCCACACGCGAGACUGCCGUCUUCAAGGGUCUAAGCCUCACAAUCGAAAAGGGGCAGUUUGCUGCCCUAGUUGGCGCAUCUGGCUGCGGUAAAACAAGCAUCAUCUCUCUGCUCGAGCGAUUCUACGACUUGGAAAAGGGCCAGAUUCGGUGCAACGGCAAAGAUAUUACUGAUAUUAACAUUUACCAGUACCGCCGCCACCUUUCUCUUGUCGCCCAGGAAGCAACUCUCUUCCAAGGCACGCUUCGCGAGAACAUUCUUCUUGGUGUCGACGAUGAAACUACUACAGACGAGCAGAUGCACCAAGCGUGCCGCGACGCGUCUAUUCACGAAUUCAUUGUAUCUCUCCCCGAAGGAUACAAUACGAACAUUGGCUCCAAGGGUGUAACUCUCAGCGGUGGUCAAAAGCAGCGCAUCGCCAUCGCUCGCGCCCUCAUCCGCAAUCCUGACAUUCUGCUGCUCGAUGAAGCAACCAGCUCUCUAGACUCAGAGAGCGAGAAGCUCGUGCAGGAGGCGUUUGAGCGAGCCGGCAAGGGCCGCACAAUGGUUGUAGUUGCGCAUAGACUUGCGACUGUGCAGAACGCAGAUGUCAUCUUUGUGCUUGGCGAGGGCAAACUGCUGGAGCAGGGAAGCCAUACUGAGCUGCUCAAGAAGAGGGGUGUGUAUUGGCAAAUGUGCCAGAACCAGGCCCUCGAUCGAUAGAACGAUACGGUGUGCCGGGGUAAAAUUUUGUUUUAUAUGGUUGCUUUGUUUUUGGCAACUGGUGUUAUUCUGGGUACACUACACUCAAAGCAUUUGUUAUCUACGCCUCUGUAUUUAUUGUACAUAGACAAAAACGUCAGCUAAUUCCCCUUCUUCUGAAAUUGAACAUGGUUUUCUGUUUAUUCGAAGUGGCACAUCUAUUCUUGCUUAUUCCACUCGUGAUCCAGUACCUGCAGAAUCUCAUGAGGGUGUGUCAUGACAAAGUCGUGGCUGCCAGGUAGAACCUUCCAGACAACAUUUUCCUUGCCACCAAUCAAGGGCAGACCGUCGUUUUCGUAGUCGUCCUUGGAGAUGAUCUCGUCUCUCUCAGCCAGCAAGAUGAUGGUGGAUCCAGGCUUACGCUUGGCCAGCGAGCGCCAGACAUCGUGGCGCUGAACCAGCGGCGCAUAACGAAUGCAAGACAUGAAGGAGGGCACGAAGCCGCGGUGGUGCGCCACCAUCCAGCGCACAUACUGCGUGACCUUAUUCUCUAGUGGCUGCGCGACUGCCGCUGAUUCGGGGCUACCUAGCUCCGCUGCAGCAACUUCGAUGCCGGGAGUAGUCGGCAAGCUCUUGGGCAGCGGGUUCUUGGGCACCUUGCGCGACGAAGCAAUGGGCUGCUGGAGGCGCUGGCUUGUGAUCUGGUGCAGGAUGGCCUCGGGGAUUGCGCCGGACGAGAAUACAAAGCGUGUUAUUCUGCCAAAGCGCUCGGCGCGAAUGAGUCCGGCCGGGGCGAGCAACACGAGACUAGAGACGAGGUGAGGGAAUGUGUCUGCAAAGUGGGCUGCAAUGCCGCCUCCGAGUGAAUAUCCGACGACGCGAAUGGCGUUGUUGCCCGUCCAUGCGAGCUGGCUCGAUGCCAAGCACAGAAGCAUCUGGGAUACAUAUAGUCGUUCGUCGUGGGGGAGGUCGCCUACUCCGUCUGUAAAGCCGCGGCCAAAGAGGUCCUGAGAAUGGGGAGUUAGAGGACAGAACACAGCACAAAGGUGUAUAGGAUUCACUUACGAAUAGCAUAACGCGGCAGCCGCGCUCAACGAGGCCGUUUGCCAGAUGUGUGAGGGUCAUGCAUGAUGUGGUGAUGCCGUGAACAAAGAGGACCUUUUCGCCGUCCUCGGGGCCGAAUUCGUAGACGCGAAUGGAGCCAUACUGCAACAAUCACACCCUGGUUAGCCUAGUUUCUGUAUACUGUAGUACUUGGCAUCUAAUACAUACUGGUGUCUCGACGUCUCUGGCGCCUGGGAACUGGUCGGGCUGGUAUGAAAGACACGCGACUUCCUCCUUCUUCAUGCGAGGCAGCGUCGUCUUGAGCGGACUCUUGAGGACCUUUGCCCAUUUUGGCCACAGGAUAUCUCUGGACACAAUGAAUAUCGUCGCAGUAGCAAUCGCAGCUGUCGUGGCCACGGUUACGGGCGAUGCCGUCCAAUCCGGGCUUCCUGAGCGGAACGCCCACCAAUGCGAGAGUGGUGACGCCAUCGUUGGAGAGGGGAGGGGGAGCCGGCGUUGUUCGUGUACGGUUUGGUCGUUGUAAAGAAACAAGAGAAAGGAAAAAGUAGUCGAGAGAUCGAACGAAGAAAGGAAAAGCCGGUGUUAUAAUAUCGCGUGUUUUGGAAAAGGAAGAAAAGA